GCCAGGGCUGCGCUUGGGAGUUCUUGUCUGUUGGAUGCUGCUAUUGCUGAGCUGUGGGUGGGAUCCUGCCUGGUUCCUACAGGAAUCAGAGCUGGGGCUGCGUUUGGCCCCUACACCACAAGUUUUGAACGAUGUUUUUUUGGGACAUGAGAUACCAUGGGGUAGGUUUGGGGGGCACAGCCUUGGGCAUAACAUGAGGUGCAUUGGGGGCAGAGGGGACUGAUGGUGUGUGUUCAAGGGCUGUUCCCAUGGGACAUCCCACUCCUGUGUUUGGGAUAUGCUGGGAUGGCCCCGUGGGGCAGGUGAACAUGGGGAUCAGAGGGGUCUGAUGAGGGCCAAAGGGGCUAUUCCCAUGGCAUAUGCUGCUCCCCUAUCUGGGUGAGGUUGGGGUGGCCCUGUGGGGCAGAUGAAUGUGUAGAGCAAGACCUGCCACCAGCGGAGGGAUACCCAGCUGCGUGUGCCCGGCACACAGCCACUCGUGUGCCAGCCACCAGGAAAUGGUGGUGGUGAUGGCCCAGGUGACAUAGCCUUGAGUCACACUGGAGACUUCAGGUGACAGCCCAUCUCUGGCACAUGGGCCAGGAAGGAUGCUCGGAGAGAGGCACCGCAGUCCCUGAAUGUCCCCAUCCCUGUCCCCARACAGCAGCAGCGAUGGCAACGCUCUACCCCUCCCUGGAGGACAUGAAGGGCCACCAGGUCCUGCAGGCGCAGGCAGCUGCCGGGGUGAGGACCCCUGCUACCACAGUGGUGACAGAGAAGCCAAAGCUCACCUUGGGCACUGAGCCACCUGUGCUGUACCCCAACCUGGCUGAGCUGGAGAACUACAUGGGGCUGGCACUGUCCAGUGAGGAGAUCCAGAAGAACCUGCGCAUGGAGGAUAACACCCACACGGGGGACAACACCGGCAAAGGGGACAGCACCCGCACGGGGGACAACACCGGCAAAGGGGACAGCACCCGCACGGGGGACAACACCGGCAAAGGGGACAGCACCGGCACGGGGGACAGCACCCGCACGGAGAACAGCACCGCACUGACCCCCGCCGGGCCCCUCCCGGGCCAGCUGGUCGCCCCCCUGAGCGGGAACAGCGCGGGGCUGCGGCGGGCAGAGAUCAAGCCGGGUGUGCGGGAGAUCCACCUGUGCAAGGAUGAGCGGGGCAAGACAGGGCUGCAGCUGAAGAACGUUGACCAGGGCAUCUUCGUGCAGCUGGUGAAGGCCAACUCGCCGGCGGCGCUGGUGGGGCUGCGCUUCGGGGACCAGGUGCUGCAGAUCGACGGCAGGAACUGCGCGGGCUGGAGCAGUGACAAGGCACAGCGGGCGCUGAAGAAGGCRAACCCCGAAAAGAUCGUCAUGGUGGUGCGGGACAGGCCUUUCCAGCGCACCGUGACUGUGCACAAGGACAGCACUGGCCACGUCGGCAUCGUGGUGAAGAAGGGCAAGAUCGUGUCGCUGGCCAAGGACAGCUCGGCUGCCCGCAACGGGCUCCUCACCCACCACUGCAUCUGUGAGGUGAACGGCCAGAACGUCAUCGGCAUGAAGGAUAAGCAGCUCAUGGAGGUGCUGGCAGGGGCUGGGAAUGUGGUGACACUGACCAUCAUCCCCACUGUGAUCUACGAGCACAUGGUCAAACGGCUCUCGUCAGGGCUGGUGAAGUCAUCCAUGGACCACUCCAUCCCGGACCUGUGACACCAUCACUGCUGUCCCGGGAGCUGAUGCUGAAAGCCUAGAGGACCUGCUGAAGGCACCCUCAGCACCUCAAAAGCAGCUAUUUAAGCACAAAACCCCUCAUCCCUUCAGAGGCCUGGUGACUGCCGGGUGGUUCUUUCUCUCCUCGGCAGGGAUGGGGCAGAUGUCCUGUACCAGGGUCCCAUUGUCCCCAUGUCCCUGCUCGGGCCACCCCUCUCAGGGCGGAUGCCAAGGGCUGGCUCCAGCCAAAGCAGACACAGACCCAGCGACAUUUAUUACAUCCACCACAGAGAGCGAGUACAGGACAGGGGAAACAAGAAGAGGGGGGUUACAGCUUUUUCACUUCUGUAUUUAAAAAAU